AUGGGGCAUGCAUUUACCUUCGCACCAUCACUCCAGUGCUGGUCCAGUCAAGUCUGGAUACGACUCCUCACGGCAAAAUCAAAGGUGGCUCCACUCAAAUCACAAACAAUUCCAAGGCUGGAACGCAGUGGAGCACUUCUUCUCGCAUCAUUGACCACCACAAACAAUAUUUCUCGGACUGUUUAUUGGACUGACUCUACCAUCGUCCUUCAUUGGAUUGACACGUCAACCCAUACGCUAAAAACCUUCGUCGCUAAUCGUGUGGCAGAAAUUCAAAGGAAGACUCACACCUCAGAUUGGCGUCACAUUCCCACCACCGACAACCCUGCGGAUCUCAUAUCCCGAGGACAAUCGUCCGAAGAUUUUCUACGAUCAAUCAUUUGGCAACAUAGACCGGAGUGGCUACAACAAUCUGAAGAAUACUGGCCGAUGUGGAACCCAGUAUCAUCACCAAUCGAAAUACCGGAGCAGAAGAAGGCAACCUGUCUGUCCGUGACUCCCGCCGACCACAGUCUACUGGAGAGAUUCUCCUCUUGGCCCAAACUGAUCAGAAUCACCGCUCCUUGCCUCCGGUGGAGACAAAAUCAGGAUCGCGGAAGACCUCUAACUAUUCAUGACUUAAUUGGUGCGCAUAACAAACUUGUCCAGCUAUUACAACUCUGUUAUUUUCCAGAUGAGAUCCGUAUUCUCCGAGCUGAUCGACAUUCUGCAGUGAAGGGGAAGCUACAACGGCUCAAUACACUUCUUGACAAGGACGGAAUGUUGCGAGUCGGAGGCCGACUCACUCACUCAACAAUGCCUUUCACUCAGAAACAUCCGAUUAUAUUAUCAAAGUCUUUCGUUACAGCAUUCAUAACCGAGCAUGAGCACCUCCUAAAUCUCCACUCCGGAACUCAAGCUACCUUAUAUGCCCUGAGAAAAUCUUAUUGGCCUAUCGACGGCCGUAGUCAAGUUUGGAGCACGCUGAAGGAGUGCGUCCGCUGCUGCCGAGCCAAUCCACCUCCAGUGGAUUAUGUCAUGGGCGACCACCCAGCCGCACGGAUAACGAAAUCUCGGACGUUUACCAACGUCGGAGUCGAUUAUUGCGGGCCAUUUUACGUCAAAGAACGAAAGGACCGCAACUUCGUUGGCGCCAACAUCAAACUACGAGAGCUCCGAAACCUCCUGCAGUCCGACGAUCAUAAGGUAAAGGUUCAAUCUUCUUUAGCCGACCGACGGAUCGAAUGGCGCUUCAUUCCGCCCAAUUCACCCCACUUCGACGACUUAUGGGAGGCUGCAUUGAAAUCUUUCAAACGACAUCUCAGACGUGACGUAGGUAACGAGCUCCUUACUUUCGAAAAUAUAAACACACUCAUCAUUGAGAUCGAGGCUAUCCUCAAUUCCCGUCCGCUUACUCCAAUAUCUACAGAUCCAAACGAUCUCCUUGUCCUUACUACCGGUCACUUCCUCAACGGAGACUCACUAACUAGUUUUCGAGAACGAGAUUUCAGAGAUACUCCAUCGAAUCGUCUCUCCAGCUGGCAACACCUCCAGAAAAUCAAACAACAUUUCUGCCGCCGUUGGCAUCGAGAGUAUCUGAACGAGUUGAACAUCCGAAACAAAUGGAGCAAGGACAGUCACGGCAUACGAGAAGGCACCAUCGUUAUUCUCGGAGAAGACAACGUUCCCCCAAUGCAGUGGCCAUUGGGCAGAGUCAUCAAGGUCCAACCCGGCGUAGACGGCAUCAUACGGGCAGCCACCGUCCGAACGGCAACGAGCACCCUUGAUCGGAGCAUCAAGCGGACGGUACUAUUACCAAGCAGAUUAACGCCAGAUGACACCGACGCAAUCAUCAACAGCAAGAAAUUUUAG